CCGCCCGCCCCUGCACCAGAGCGGCGGGCAGCGGCGGAGCGGAGCCCGGCGGAGCUGACAGCCCGGCCCGGGCGCCGCCGACCCCCGUCCCCCCCUGUCGGCCUCCUCUCGGCAGGAUGGAGGAGAGACCAGUCUGAAAAUCUGUUCCACUGUGGACUUUGCUGUGGUCUGCUAGAAUGUUCCUUAUGGAUGCUUCUCCUCUGGUAGCUCUUCAGACAAAAUGGGAGUCCUUUGGACCAGCAAGGAAUUGUAGAUACCCCGUUUGCUUCCCUGAAUCUGACGGCGACAUCACCAGAACCUCUGUGAGCGCCAAAGUUCAGAUGAUCAUAAACAACCUGCAAAGCCAAGAGCCUGCCCUGGGUAUGAACAAUGAGUGUGGCUGUGUUAUGCAGAAGAAACAGAAGGAAGAAAAAGGCACCAGUACCAGGGUCCCAUCCAGCACCACGUUGCUGCGGAAGCAUCCUCAGUAUACCCGGUGUGGGUGCCCUGAGGAUUCCGAUGACACCGAUGUGGAGGAGAAUGUGGAAUUUGAGACUCUCCUGCUGGAUUCUGACAGCGACGAUUCUGUGGACCGAGGUAUAGAGGAAGCCAUCCAAGAGUACUUGAAAACGAAAAGCAAAAGUGCCCAGUCAUUACCAAGGAAUGCAGAGCGUACUGAGAAUGUGAGCAGAGACAAAAGGUUUAAGAGAGAAUUCUCCCGGAACAAAGUGGCCAGUAACCUCCUCCCCGUGAAGUUUAAAGCCGAGAUGCUCUCUGAAGAGUACCUGUCUGACCACCUGGGAAUUGGGAAAAGGCUCCAGCCUGCUUCCCCUCAGAGCAUCAGCAGCGAUGACUCCUUCGAACAGAGCAUACAAGCUGAAAUAGUGCAGUUCUUGAAUGAGAAGAAGCAGCAAGAAAUUAGUAAAUGUGUUACUGAGGAGGAUAAAAAAGAUUCCGGUGUGAGAUCUGUCCUGAAAUGCAACAAAGAAGCAACGAACAGAACGAACUGUGGUGCUAUAAAGCAAGGUUGUAGUGCACUGCUCCUGAGGCACCAUCCCAAGCUGCAGAAAUCCGGUGCCCAGUCCAAGUGUUUGCAGUCAAAAAUCCAAGCAGAGCCCAGUGAUUUCAGCCAGGUGAACCAAGCAUAUCUAGAAAUGGCCACUGCCAGCCAGCCCUGGCUCGUGGAGCAGAAUGAGGGAAGUGGAGCUCAUUACUGGGAGCCAAGGGAAGCACUUAUCGAGGAGAGCAUGCACACAUCUGACUCGAGCAGCGAUGAUGGCAUUGAAGAAGCCAUUCAGCUUUACCAGCUGGAGAAAAUCAGGAAAGAGGCAGGUCAUGCAGCAAACUGUGUCCCUUUGCAGAGGGAACAAUUUGAUCCAAAGGGUAUGGCAGACAUUUCUGCCAGCCUGACAAUUAGCUCCACAAAAAGUGCCUCACCAGAAAUCCAUAAAAACCCUAUAAGCAACAAGAGAAAAGAAAUUAAUUCCAAGUCAACAGGAUUAGAAAGGACAAGCAAUGACUUUAAUAAGCUGUUUAAACCACUGAAAAAAGCCAGACAUUUUGCACUUCCAGAAAACAAGAUUGCUGCUUGUGAGCUCACACUGCAGGCCUCUUGCAGAGCAGACACAUCUGCAGAACUCAUGUGUGCAGAAGCUAUCCUGGAUAUUUCCAAAACGAUCAUGCCAUCCCAAAUGGGAAGCGACAGCAAAUCCCUCACUGCAGACUCCUUCUUUUCUCCCCAGCUUCUUUCAUCCUCCCGUUGUGAAAGUGACAGCAGCCUUGUGGACAGUGAUGACAGCAUAGAGCAAGAAAUCAGGACUUUCUUGGCUCUGAAAGCACAGUCAGAAAACCUUGGAACAAAACCUCCCAGCCUGUCACACUCCAUCCAGAUGCCUUUGCCUUCUGAUCCAAACAACCUCACCGGGACCCUUGAGCCUUCUCUGCCCAAAACACUUAAAUUAUCCCUGAGUCGGAAAAGGAGACUUAAAAGGGAGGGCAGAACAGCAAAACAAGGGGCAUCAAAAGCACCUGAACAGCUGGAGACAGGACUUUUCCAGCCAGGUAACUAUUCCAAAUUCCCUAUGCUCCAAGAGGAGCGCGCCCUGAGCAGCCCUGCAGAAUUCCGGGAUGCUCAGAGUAGUAAAGACCCGAGGCAGCAGCAGCUGAUGUCUCCCAAAUUGUCUGGCUCUGAUGGCAGCAGAUGUGUGGCCUUGGACUCUGUAAACCCUUUUGUGCAGGUUCAGAGUAGCACAAGAAAACCUAUAAAAAACCCCACCCAAACCCCAGAGAGGGAGGGGUCGGGUGAUGAGAGCAGCUCUCUGGACAGUGAUGAGGACCUGGAUAGUGCUAUCAAGGACCUGUUACGGUCUAAAAGGAAGUUAAAGAAGAAAUCCAAGGACCAGAAAGCUCAGUGCAAGAAGAAAGUCAGAUUCAGUGAGACAGAAACUCAGCUGCUGGAUGAAUUCAGUAACCUCCAACAAAACGAGUGGAAAUAUAAAAAUCCCUCACUGCUGAAAAGCUGCCUCUCAAAACCAAGGAAAGCUGUGAGGGAGAAUGCAGUCAGGAACCCUCCAGACAACAUCAGACUUCCCAAUGACAAGCCAGAAACCAUGAAAAACCUGGAGUUUAACUUACAGCUUAAAAAAGGCAAUAAACCUAAAUCAGUUUCAAACCAGCGGGGGGCUAAAAAUAGAAAAUGUGCUUUCCCAGCUGUGUCGGACACCAGUGACAGCAGCUCAGUGGACAGUGAUGACAGCAUCGAGCAAGAAAUCAGAAGGUUUUUGGCAGAAAAGGCUAAAGACUCUGCAAGCAAUUCAGAGAUGCAAAAAGGUGAUGCAAGUCUGGACCUAUUUAGAGCGACCAAACAAACUGGUAAUAAAGGAAAAGCAAAGCAGCAGCCGGUGGAAAAUGAGAUCGACUUCGUGCUGGGUCAGAGUAAAAAGACUGAGGUAGCUCAGCAAACUGAGGAGGUGAAAAACUCUCCGAGAACAGAAGGGAAAAGUGCAAUGUUAGCUGGCAGCAGGAAAUGUGCUUCCUCUGCAGAGAGUGUUCCUACUACUGGUCAGUCAAAAGCUAAGCAAGGACUGGGGGGGGUCAAAGGUGGUGCUGCUGGGGAGUUACCUGGGAAUGCAACAGGGAAAAGGAAUGUCCGUAACACAGAGCCCCCAAAAACCAGCAGAAAUGAAGGGUGUAAAGUGAGAAAAGUCAUGAAUGCAAAGCCCAGAUCUAAAAGGAAGAAUACCUUCCAACUAAAAAUCUCAAGUAAAUUUAUUGCAGGUCUCAAAUAUGCCCGGGACCGGAAGAAAUCGAUGCUUUUGAACAAAAAGCAGAAAGCAGAGUGUUUGCUCACCCAGAGCAGUGCCUUGGGAAUGGAGGCAGCUUCCCAGGACACAGAUGUACUUAACCCCUUGGCAAAAGGUGAAUUUAGUGGGGAAAUUACACCAGCAAUAAAAGCACCCAGUUCCUCUCAGAAACUCACUGUGAGAGGGGCAGGUCCCCAUGUAGCAGAAACCUGUGCAGGAGCUGAGGCUGCUCCUGUGUGUUUCAAAGUGGCAGCUGAGGGUUGCAGGAAGGCCGACACUCCAGGGCAUCAGUCACACUCCAGCCUCCCCUCACAGGAACCGAGUGUGGCAGCAGGAAAAGCUGAUAAGGCUUGCAGAGGAACCUCCAGAGCUGAGAACAGCCAGCUGUGGAUCGAGGAAGGAGGUAUCCACAAAGGCAGCUGGGCUGACUCCACUGUGGAUCCCCCACGCCCUGAGUGCAGUGUGGGAAAAGCAGAUAAAGUCAGCAGAGACCCAGCUCAGCAGAGUGCUCAGGUGUGCAGUAAGGGAGGGAAUAACCAGCUGGACAAGAGGCCAGAUCCAAGUUUAGCUUGCCCAAGGCAGGAAUUCAAUGUGACAGCAGCAGCAGUGGAUAACAGUGGAGGAGCAUGUGUAGAAAACAGUGUGCAGAUGUGUGUUAAGGAAGAAAAAGCUGAGAGGCAGGAAGAAAGUCAGGUAACCAGCUCCAAAAUGGAAGGAAAAAUACCUGUCCUGCAGAACAGCGAAGCUGCUAGUGAAGUACACCAAGGGCAGGAAUUUUUAACCAAAACCUGUGCAAAAUUUACUGAUCUACCUGCAGGGGACUGCCCAGGUUCCCUCAUGGAAAAAAAGGUUUCAAAUAUAGUGAUCUCAGCAGCUGCUCAGAGUCCUUUUGAACACCCAGAACCUCCUGCUAGCAGAUGAUUCCAAGCACAAUUGCAGUCCAAGACAAGUGAAGGAGUGUGUCUGUUCAGACAACGUGAUCUCCCUGGAUCUCCCUGGAUCUCCCUGGAUUUCCCUGGAUCUCCCUGGAUUUCCCUGGAUUUCUGUACUGUCAGGCCUGCAGGGCUCAAACAAUUCCUCGUUAUUCUCAACUAUCUCAUUUGAUGCCCUGCAGUUACCCAGAGAUGGCUUUUGGUUUCCUGAAUGAACUUUCUGGAAUUGAGUGCCCUUAACUUUCCUUUUUCAGAAGUGGUUUUUUAAAUGUUACAUUUCUGUGAACUUUUCACUGACAAUUUUGGUGCAAUAAAGCAAAGCUGGGUUUGCUGUAGGAAGUCACAACACAAACGCCACGGAUCUUUUCAGCACUGUUCUUUCUUCAGGCUCUUUCUUUGCCUCCAUUGCCAGCAGCCAGAAUAAAGCAAUUUUUCACUACUAUCUUCUUAUUUGUACUGACUUUCAACGGGAUUGAAGUAGCACAUUCACAUCACACACACACACAAAGUGCCCCCACAUUGGUUUCACUGCAAAUUCAAAAGGUGUAAAUUGGAGUUGUUGGUUCUUUCAUUUUCAUUUGUGUGUCGUGAAGUCCUUGGAGGAGUUUGUUCUCACAUCUUGUCCCUGUGAAUUGAUCUGAUAUUCUCUUUGUCUGGUCUUCUGCAGAACUUUUCUCAGCCAAACCACCACUUAGCAUCACUUUGUUUCUCAGUCACUUCAGGAGUCUUCCUCCAGGCUGGCCUUAAACUUGCGAAAUGGAGCAAAAGCAGCCAAGACUGGAUCCAGUAUCCCACGGUGUCCCUGGUGUGAUGCAGAAUAUGGGCAAAAUGCGGUGUAGCAUAGAGUAGUAACUGUGGCAUGUAGAGAAAUGAACAUCCUUGGUGUGUUUAUGCUGUUGUGCAGCUACGUUUGAAACAUGUUUAUAGCGCUCACUUUGGCAUUUCUGACUGUCCAGCCACCUUUUUGUAGCCCUUGGGUUGGUUGGCCGGGUUGUUUAAAGGUCAGUGUGUUAGCUCAUCUCCAUUUUGUGGUAGGAUACCUUGGAAAAGUGUUUUUUACUUAGCUCAGUGCCUGCAGUCCCUCUCCACAGGUUUAUCUUUUGCUCUGCCUUGAUUCCUUUGCAGGAUUUGGGCCUUUUGUUUGGAAUAGUUCAAUAGGCUGGUAUUUUAAACUAGAAGUUUUCCAAGUACCUUGCUUUAAAAGGAUUAAACUGUAUACUUAAUUUUCCUAGAGAUGUUGGAAGCACUACGUACUGUUUGUAUAAAAAGCUGAAUGUUUCUCCUCAAAAGUUUUCGGUAAAUCCACAUUACGACUUCAGAGGUGUCUCGUGCCCUUGUCGCUGUGUCUGUGUCCUCAGUACCACUCGUGACCUGAUUCACUCCCAGUGAAGAUGCAAUUCCAGUUACCUUGUGCUUUAAAUAAAACCUGAUUUCAAACAGCACUUUUUUUUUUUUUUUAAUUGAUGAAUUUGAUUUGUAUAUAGGAAAUGGUGUACAUUGCUGAGUUUCUAAUGUUUAAUAAAUGGGGUUCUGCCCAUGGACCGUGAAA